AUGACAGAAAUCACUGGGGUGAACUCAUCGCAGUGCAUCAUGCGUGAGCCCCCGGUCGUGGAAUUCAGCCGGCUUUCCGUCCAACUCGACUGCCCGCUUGGCCUCCAUGUUGCUUGGAGUGUGACCAUGCAAUCUGCACAAUCGCGGGCCGAAGAUGACGGCCUUGCAGCCUUCCUCAGGGUGUCAGCUAAACUGGCAGCCGAUCGCGCUUUUCCAGCAAAGUUGGUAUUACUAGCUAUAAACACUGAGCACACUGCAAGCUGCGGCCAGACAUCGUCGACUGGUAGCGUUCCUGGAUCGCCGAUCCUGCUUGACGACCAGUUCUUUGCUGCAGUGGAGCAUCCGCUCGCUGCGCAUGACCUGAACAAGACUUCUGGCAGUGAUAUGGUGGGCUCCGUCAAUCAUUUAGCAUCGAUGGACUGGAAGACUGAAAGUUUUGGCUACGGCGCGGUCAUAGGUGCCUUCGCAGAAACGUCGCAAGCUCGUCGUUCUUUCAACCUGUACUUGUCACAAGCUCGCCCUCACUCCUGGCAAGGGCCACUGGUCCAUUACAACAGUUGGUACGACUUCACGUCAUGGCAAGAUCAGUCUUUCUUCGAUCCUCGCCGUGCAACAACAGUUCAGCAAAGCCUUUGGUUGCGACAGUUGUUGGCUGAGUUGUCGCAAGACCAAAUGAACGAGACUUCUGCGCUUGAGAAAAUCAGCACUUUUCAUGAUGAAUUAGUCGCGAAGCGGGGUGUGCAGAUUGACUCAUUCUUGUGGGACGACGGCUGGGACGAUCCACAGCGAGGAAUGUGGGCUUUCAAUGUGGCAAGAUUUCCGAACGGCUUUGACAACUUGGUGCGAGCGGCAGACUCCAGAAACUGUAGCAAUGGCAUCUGGCUUUCUCCCUGGGGUGGCUAUGGUGAGGCUAAGGACCUCCGAGUAGCGGAAGCUAAGCGACGAGGCCUGGAAGUCAACGAGCAUGGCUUUUCUCUUGCAGGUCCUAUGUACAGAGCGAAGUUCACAGCAGCAGCUGCCAGUUUCCGGCACGAGGCGGGCGUAAACUUAUUCAAGUUUGAUGGCAUUGCGGGCGACCCGAGUGAAGUUCCAGGUGAGAUCGAAGCCAUGCUUUCGUUCUCGCAUGCUCUGCGAGAAGUGGAACCAAAAAGCCACGUUGCUAGACAGAGGAGUGUGGCUGCAAAGGAUCGAAUCUGGAUCAACUUGACCACGGGGACCUGGCCAAGUCCGUUUUUCCUUCUUUGGGUGGACAGCAUCUGGCGGGGCCACCGAGACGUUCUUGCCUUCUCUGAAGAUGAGCGGCCGGGCUUGACCAUCCGACAGCGCUGGCAGCUCUUCCGUGAGUGCAUUAUCUCAGCAGCCAUUGUGCAACGCGCGAGGUUCUUCCCCAUAUCGCGCCUGAUGAUCCAUGGCGCUGUUUUGUCAAAGCAUGGUGAUGCUCGGGCGCUCGGGCUCCAUCUUGCUAACGAGCUCGAUUGGGCACAGGAAGUUUGGUCGCAUGCUUCACUGGGCCUAUUGCUGCAGGAGCUCUAUGUUUCGCCUGACCUCAUGGAUCCAGGUCGGUGGGACGUCCUGGCCGAGGCUUUGCAGUGGGCACGGAAGAAUUCACUGACACUUGAAGACACGCAUUGGGCCAUCUUCCGUGCAUGCGAGAUGGGGCCUUACGGCUGGGCAGCCUGGCGAGAUGGCCUGGGCUUCUUAACCUUAAGGAAUCCAUCUACUAAAAAGUCUGCGAAACCCAAGAUGAAGACGGACGUCUUCACCAUGCAAGAUGCCUUCGAGCUGCCAUCCGGCGACAUGGGUCAUCUCCAAUUUCGUAUUGUGAAGAGGUUGGCGAGUUCAUCCAGCAAGUGGCGGUGUAGCUCGUUUCAUGGAGCGAAACGGCAGCAGGGUGAAUGUGUUAUCGCUUCCGAUAAGCAGACGUAUGUUGAGCUAGAUGAUGCGGAGCUCGUGAUUCUAGAAUUUCGCCGCGCAGUUUCUCACCCCAAUCUCGCUGCCGUUGGUGACAGAUCAGAAUUGUAG